UUAAUGGAAAACGGAAAGUCGAUUGCGUCGUUGUUUUACAGCAGUUCUCCCCGCGGUGCCCAGGGACGCCACUGUCAUGGUUUGUUUCUGUCGGGUUUAAACGCUUUAGGUCUUUUCCUUUUUUACUGUAAAAUUGUAUCGUUACUCGGCCAUGACCGUGGAGCAGAAUGUCCUCCAGCAGCAUUCACAGAAGGUAAGCGUACAGCUCAGCUUUUACGCUGGGAAAAAGUCCGACACAGUGACUUACAGGGGGGAAACAUCAAUUUCAUCAAACAUUUUGGCUCAGAUAUCAACUUCUCCAUUUAAUCACCAGCAGUCACUGCUUAACCAGCUGAAGGAGGUCACCGGUACCACGGACGUCCGUCUCCUGCAGCAGGCGUUACAGUUCUGCAACGGAGAUUUAGCUGGAGCGGCUGCGUUUCUCACGGAGAGCAGUGCCAAGGUCCCGGAGCAGAAUGAGGGCUCUUCCCACCAGACGGCGCAGACUGGAAAUGACAGACACAUCAAUGUGGGCAGCCAGGCAGACAGAAAUGUUAUUGAUCUGACGGGAGAUGACAAAGAUGACCUCCAGAGAGCCAUUGCUCUUAGCCUGGAGGAGUCCAGCAGGGCCUUCAGGGAGACGGGAAUCACAGACGAGGAGCAGGCCAUCAGCAGAGUCCUGGAAGCCAGCAUCGCGGAGAACAAGGCCAACUUGCAGCAGACCGGCGAACCGGUGUGGAGCGACUCACCCAACCCCUAUGAGAGGAAGAGGUGCGAGAACUACCCUGUGGGGCUGAAGAACGUGGGCAACACCUGUUGGUUCAGUGCUGUCAUCCAGUCCCUCUUUCACCUACUGGAGUUCCAGAAGUUGGUGUUGCAGUUUACCCCCCCAGCACGUGCCCAUGACCUGCCCCGUAACCAGAAGGAACACCAGAAUCUACCCUUCAUGCAGGAGCUGAGAAAGCUCUUCUCCCUGAUGGUUGGCUCAAAAAGGAAGUAUGUAGACCCCUCCCACGCCGUGGAGAUCCUGAAAGAGGCCUUCAAAUCCAGCGACUCACAGCAGCAAGACGUGAGUGAGUUCACGCACAAAUUGCUGGACUGGUUGGAAGAUGCCUUCCAGAUGAAAGCAGAGGAACAGAGGGAAGGAGAGCAGCCUAGGAAUCCGAUGGUGGAGCUCUUCUAUGGACGCUUCUUAGCUGUGGGUGUUCAUGAAGGUAAAAAGUUUGAGAACGCCGAGAUGUUUGGGCAGUACCCGCUCCAGGUUAACGGCUUCAGCAGUCUGCAUGAGUGCCUGGAGGCAGCCAUGAACGAAGGCGAGAUCGAGUCCUUACACUCAGAAAACUCUGCCAAGUCUGGACAGGAGCACUGGUUCACCGAACUCCCACCGGUCCUGACUUUGGAGCUCUCCAGGUUUGAGUUCAACCAGGCCCUGGGAAGGCCGGAGAAGAUCCACAACAAACUAGAGUUCCCCCCCUUGCUCUACGUGGACAGGUAUAUGGACAAGAACAAAGAAGUCACAAGAAUGAAGCGUGAGGAGAUCCGGAGGCUCAAAGAGCACCUAACCCUGCUUCAGCAGCGCCUGGAGAGAUAUCUGAGUUACGGUUCAGGCCCCAAGAGGUGUCCUCUGGCGGAUGUCUUGGAGUACACCAUGGAGUUUGCCUUCAGCAAACCCGCGUGCAGUUCCCUCCUGGAAAACGCCGAUGCCAACGGUGCCCCACCUGGUGGAGCAGCCAAGCCAUCGCAGCCAGCUCCAAGUGUGACAGAGCUGGAUCCCGUUGUGGGCUGUGAGGCCCCGGUCAAUGCCCUCCCCUCCCAGCAGAGGGCACCGGUCCACAAGCCCUUCACUCAGUCGCGUCUCCCUCCCGAAGAGCCUGCACACCCCGCACCCCGUCAUAUAUCAGAGGAGGAGCUGAGUGUGUUGGAGAGCUGCCUGCAACGCUGGCGGAAUGAGGUGGAGGGCGACAUUCGUGACUUGCAGAGGAGCAUCGCAAAGAUACAGAGAACCACAGAGCUCAUGUACUCCGAAAAAGCCAUGAUGCAAGUUCCAUACCGGCUGCAUGCGGUGCUGGUCCACGAGGGCCAGGCCAACGCCGGCCACUAUUGGGCAUACAUCUAUAGCUCGCGACAUCGGUGCUGGAUGAAAUACAAUGACGUCUCAGUCACUGAAUCCUCCUGGGAGGAGUUGAUGCGGGAUUCUUUCGGAGGCUACCGCAACACCAGUGCCUACUGCCUGAUGUACAUCAACGACAAGAAGCCCUUCCUAAUAGAAGAGGAUUCUGACGAGGUGACGGAUCAGCCGUUGAUCGGGCUGGACAAGCUACCGGCGGACUUGAGGGCUUAUGUAAAGGAGGACAACCGGCUGUUUGAGGAGGAGCUGCGGCAGUGGGACGCGCUGCAGGAGAAGCGGAAGGCCAGAGCAGUUGUUCCAGCCUCAGUGAUGGGCCCCUCCAGGCCCAGGAAAGUGGAAUCCAGCCCUUCUGCAGCCCCUCAGCAGUACAUGGAACAGCUGUCUUCUCUGUACACCUGCGAGCACCUGAAGACAGACACAGAGAGGGUUAUCUCCCAGGCCGCAGCCGAGCAGGACGACAGCAGCCCAGAGGCCGUGCUGAACGCACUUACUGGUGAAAGCGCGCCCUCAUACCCUCAGCCAGAAGCACUGGCAGAGCUGGCCCUUAAGAUGGUCGCCUCGCUGACCUUUGCUCCUCAGCCUUUGGUCGAGGACUCCACUCCCCAACGUGUGGUUGACUUACCUAAAGUCCCAGUAUCCAUUGAUCAAUUUGAGGUCAAGAGGCGGUGCGGUGCAUUAAUUCCUAUUCCAAAUGUGCUCAGCAAACAAGCAGUCGUCAACUGUCCUAUUCAGGAAGUGGUCACCAGGUCCUUACCUGUUGCUUCUCAGCCAAUGGCCAAGGGGUACACCCCUGCACCCUUUACUACCCAACCUGUGAUAGACAGGCCUGUAAGCCAGCCCUUUACUGAUGAGCUUAUUGCUGUUGGAUCACCUGGCCUACCUCCUGGUGUUCAGCUUAUGGUAGAGAUAUCCGCUGCCCCGACCCCUGAUGUUCAGCUUGUGGUAGAGAUGCCUGCUGUCCCGCCCACUGAUUCUCAAUCAACUAUAGAGGUUUCUGCUGCUCCUUCCUCCGAUUUUCAACCUACAGUAGAGUCAUCCACUCCCUCGCCCUUUGAAUCUCCGCCAAUGAUACCAGUGUCCACUGCCUUGUGCCCUAAUGCUCAACCAACAGUAGAGAUGUCUGCUGUCCCAUCACCUGACCUUCAACCAGCAGUAGAAAUGUCUGCUGUCCCAACCACCAAUGCUCAGCCUGCACCAGAGCUGUCUACUUCCCCACCUCCUGAUGCACAACCUAUAGUAGAGAUGUCCUCUGUUCCGUCCCCUGAUUCUCAACCAAUGGUGAAGGUGCCCACUGUCCCACCCCCUGAUUCUCAACCAAUGGUGGAGGUGCACGCUACUCCGCCCCCUGAGGCUCAACUUACAAUAGGGGUGUCUGCUGCUCCGCCCCCUAAUGCUCAACCAACAGUAGCAGUUUCAGCCCUACCUCCUACUUUGGUGGAUGGAUCCAUUAUCCCGCCCCCUACAAAGGUGACUGGAUUAUGUCACCCACCCCCUGAUUCUGACCCUGUAGUGGAUGGAACCACAGGUCUUCCUGAGCAACGUCGGGUCAAGGUGGCCACCCACCACAAGGGGCCGUGUGUCUCACGAUUGCCAGCGGGCGGGUAUGAUGACGAGGAGAUUCUGACCCCAAGUAUGCAGGGAAUAAUCCUGGCCAUUGGCAGGGCACGGAGCGUGUACGAGAAAUAUGGCCCGGAGGCAGCCUUCUUCAAGGCCAUCAAAGCGGAGUACGCCCGUCUGCUCCAUCUGGCCUGGGAGGUCACCCAACCCGAACAUGACCUUCGGAUACAGUACGUCAUGGUCUACCUCAUCCAGAACCAGGCACCUAAGAAGAUCCUGGAGAGGACUCUUCUCACGCAGUUUACUGACCCCAGCUUGGCCUACGAUGAGCGAUGUAAGAACAUUAUGAAAGUUGCACGUGCAAAGCUAGAUCUUAUAAGGCCGGAUGAAGUAAAUAUGGAACAAUAUGAGAUUUGGCAUCAGGAGUAUAGGAACUUUAGGGAGACCACAAUCUUCCUGAUGAUUGGUCUGGAACUGGUCCAGAAGAGAAGCUAUGUGGAGGCGUUGCCGUACCUGAUCUACUCCUAUCAGCGCAACAAAGCGUUGCUCUCCAAGGGCCCUUACCGAGGGCAUGAUGCGGAGCUGAUUGCCCAUCACAGGAGAGCGUGUCUGCUCAAGCUGAAUGAGCAGGCGGCAGCCCUUUUCGAGUAUGGAGAGGAGCCGGAGGUGAGUGACGGCCUGAACAUCAUGAACCAGCUCGUGGUGCCUGGCCUGCCCCUGCUGCUGACUGACGGGGAUAAGGAGAAGGAUGUGGCCGCCGUGGAGGACAUCAGGAACCGCUGGUGUUCCUACCUGGGCCGGGAGAUGGACCCCAAACUUCAGGAGACCCUGACAGAUUUCCUCCCCAAGCUGCUGGACUGCUCGACAGAGAUGAAGAGCUUCAGCCAGCCGCCCCGGCUGCCCGCCUGGUCCACCCCGGAGCUGUGUGCCCGCUUCAGCCACGUCAUGACCUCGCUGAGGCGGACGCCAGCCGACGGGAGAUGAGCUCCGCGACCCGUCUGGGUUGCUCGCCUGCGCCUGUCUGCAGAAUUCUAUUUUUAAACACGCACUUUUCUUCAACCAGGUCACACUGUCCUGCCCAUUUUUUUUUGUUUGUUUUUGUAUUUUAUUUUUGCUGCUACAGGCUUUAUUAUUGUUAGCAUGAUGCUACUAAGUGCUACGUGAGAGAUGGACACGGACCGUGAUAUAUAUGAAAUUAAAAGGAGACGACUGCAUCCAGCCACGAAAUCACUGCUGAUGCUGUCCGUCAGAACAGCCUCCCCUCCAACCUGCUCCUAAAUUUUGAAUGAAUGAAAGAGAAAAGACUGCAGCCCUGACCCCAUCAGUGUUAAUGUUUUUUUUUUCCCCCUUGUAGGUGGGGUUUGAAUAUUUAUCACCAGGUUUUAUAUCUACUGUGCAACUCUUCAGUCCUGAGGACCACAAUCAAUGAAUUUUAACCACAGUAUCCCCAGAAGCCGAUGACACUUAAAAACCAAACCAAAUAUAUAAAUAAAAUUCUAUUGAUGGCCCUUUUUCAGGCCUAAUAUUUCUGCUGUUCUCUUUCAUCUUAAUCCCUAUCUCUACCCCCCCCCCCCCCCCAAAGGGUUUGCCUAAUGUCUGUGGUUGUAAAGGUUUUGGGGGCGACGGCAAGCGUCAGGUGAUAAGGUGGAAAAUUUGCACAGCCAGGACCCAAGGAUCUUAAUUUCUUAAUUUGUCCACAAAAUGUUUGCUCUUCUCCUUUACCUCAAUAAAGGCUGUGGCCAUUGACUGAAAGUACGGCACAUUAAA